AAUAAUAAUCAUCCGUUUAAUUAUAUUCCAUUUAUUGGCUAGUAAUUGGGACCAGUAAAAAUGUCUCACGUAACUGAUGUUAAAGUUUUGUUCUCUAGGUUAUUUUCUAUGAAAAAUGGGUUCAACACUAUGAAAUGGGGACGGCGACAUUACACACAUGAUGCGGAAAAAUCAACUUCACCGCUUCUUAGACCUAGUGUUACACCUCUUCCUCCCUUGUCAGAGCCAAUGCCGAAUCUGCCUCCAGUGUCUUUCUCCACUGCUAAAGCUGAAGAUACACUUACAGAAGUUACAGUUUUAAGUAAUGGUCUAAAAGUUGCAUCAGAAAAGAAGUUUGGCCAAUUCUGUACAGCGGGUGUUGUCAUUGACUCUGGUCCGAGAUAUGAAGUGGCAUACCCCAAUGGCAUUUGCCAUUUCCUAGAAAAACUAAGUUUUGGUGCAACUCACAAAUUCUCAACUCGUGACAUGAUGUUACUUGAGCUGGAGCGACAUGGAGGCAUCUGUGAUUGCCAGGGUUCACGAGAUACCACAGUUUAUGCGACUAGUGCAGAUUCAAAAGGAUUGGAAGCUAUUACUCAGGUCUUAGCUGAAGUUGUACUAAGACCUCAGUUGUCUACAGAAGAAAUAGAAGCGGCAAGGCAAGCAGUUGCUUUUGAGUUGGAGACAUUGUCUAUGAGACCAGAACAAGAAACUAUACUGAUGGAUAUGAUACAUGCAGCUGCAUAUAAACAGAAUACACUUGGUCUACCAAAGAUCUGCCCAAAUGAGAAUGUGAAUAGAAUAGACCGUGGCAUAAUUUUAAAUUAUUUGAAAAAUCAUUACACACCAGACAGGAUGGUUGUGGCAGCUGUUGGGGUGGACCAUGAACCAUUUGUGGAAUAUGUACAAAAGUACUUUGUGGAUAUGAAGCCUACGUGGCAUACUGAAGAGAGCACAAAUUUCACACCCAAAGUUGACAAGUCAAUUGCACAGUACACUGGAGGCAUGGAACAGGAAGAAUGUGAAAUUCCUCUAUAUCCUGGUUCUGACCUUCCGGAAUUAACGCACGUCGUUAUUGGAAUUGAAAGCUGUUCUCAUAGUGACCCAGAUUUUGUAGCGACAUGUGUGUUGAAUAUGAUGAUGGGCGGCGGCGGGUCUUUUUCGGCGGGAGGCCCCGGCAAGGGAAUGUACACUCGCCUCUACACUAAUGUGCUCAAUAGAUAUCACUGGAUGUUUAACGCGACCGCGUAUAACCACGCGUACGGAGACACCGGCCUUUUUUGUAUACAUUCAGCGUCACCGCCAAAUCGUCUCUAUGAUACUACUAUCGUGAUUGCGAGGGAGCUGGCCAAUAUGGCUGGCAAAGUAGGUGAAACGGAACUCAGAAGAGCAAAAACGCAACUUCAAUCAAUGUUGUUAAUGAACCUAGAAGCUAGGCCUGUAGUGUUUGAAGAUGUUGGCCGACAGGUACUGGCCACCGGCAAGAGGAAGCCGCCUUCUUUCUUCAUCAAUGAAAUUGAAAAAGUAACAUCAGACGACAUCGUACGUGUAGCGACACGCAUGUUGAGAUCACGCCCAGCAGUGGCAGCGAGAGGCAAGCUGUCGCAUUUGCCCACAUUCGUGGAAAUUCAGUCUAACAUGACCCUGAGCAAGAGCGACGCACCGCCCGCGCCGCAAGGACGGCGGCUAUUCCGAGCAUAAAUGUAACUGCAGAAUUUAUUGCGAAUUGCUGUUAUUUAGCUAAAGAGGGUAUAAUUAUCAAACUGCAGAGAGGGACAGACUUAUAAAGAAUAGGAAGGGAAUAUUUAUAUCUAUCCACAGGUAAAAAGGUUUCUUUUGGCAGAGUAUAUUUACCUUUACUUUAAGGAAGUUAUGUAGAGUCGAUAAUACUACCAUCUUAAAUUCCAAAAUUAUCGUAUUGGAUUUUGUCUGAUGUGUAACUGGCAAAUUUACUAUGGGUGGUAUAUAUCUAAGAAAAUAAUAAUAACGUAAUAUAUUAACGGUGCCAGGCAACCGCAGUAAUUACCUGAUCACGAACUAGGGAAAUUCUCUGAAGUACUACAAGUACCUGAGCAAAGAAAUUAACUCCGGGGCAUUACCAAAAAGUAACUUAUUCCAGCGUGACCACAGUCGGACUUUUUGAAAUUGGAUUCGUCAAGUAAAAAGUCGCGAUUUAGUCAAGUCUAUUCGCAAAAAACUACAUUUAGUCAGUCCGCCGUUCAAAAGUUGUAAAAGCUAGUUUUUUACGACAUGAACCCACUAAAUCAUAAUUUAGUGCAAUGGACAGUAAAACACCUUUAUAACUUUUGAACAAAUUACAUUUAGACCAAAUGUCGAUUUUUAACUGAAGUGAAAAUUCAAAAACCCCAGCAUAGUCACGCUGGAAUAUGGGACGCCCAGAAGUUUUGUAAUUGUAAGUAAAAAUAUAAUUUUGUUUUGAUCUUUUUAUAGUACUUCAUGUUUAGGUUAAUAUACUCUGAAUAUUCUGAUGUCUGCUGUGUCUUGACACAUUUUCUAUUCUUUAACAUAUUUUGUCGCCUGUAGGAUAGGGUAAUGCAUUUCCUGCUUAGCAUUGCGGUUAUACUUAUUGCACUAGUAGGGUGGCCACAUGUCAUGCAUUUCAGAUAUACGUUUUGUUAGGUACCAACUUCCUGUAUUGGCUCAAAUUUUCAC